AUGAUCGAGAUCCCCAAGGCCAACCGUCUCGCCGACCUCUUCUCCCUCAAGGGCAAGGUCGUCGUCGUCACUGGUGCUUCCGGCCCCCGUGGCAUGGGCAUUGAGGCUGCCCGUGGCUGUGCCGAGUUUGGUGCCAACGUCGCCAUCACCUACUCUUCCCGCAAGGAGGGUGCCGACAAGAACGUCGCCGAGCUCGAGAAGGAGUACGGCAUCAAGGCCAAGGCCUACAAGUGCAACGUCGCUGAUUACGCCUCGGUCGAGUCCUUCGUUAAGGAGGUCAUUUCCGACUUUGGCAAGAUUGAUGCCUUCAUCGCCAACGCUGGCGCCACCGCCGACUCUGGUGUCAUUGACGGCACCAAGGAGGCCUGGGACCAUGUCAUCCAGGUCGACCUCAACGGCACGGCCUACUGCGCCAAGGCCGUCGGCGCCCACUUCCGUGAGCGUGGCACCGGCUCCUUCGUCGUCACCUCCUCGAUGUCCGGCCACAUCGCCAACUACCCCCAGGAGCAGACCUCCUACAACGUCGCCAAGGCUGGCUGCAUCCACCUGGCCAAGUCCCUGGCCAACGAGUGGCGCGACUUUGCCCGUGUCAACUCCAUCUCCCCCGGCUACAUCGACACUGGCCUGUCCGACUUUGUCGGCCAGGAGACCCAGGACCUGUGGCUAUCCAUGAUUCCCAUGGGCCGCAACGGCGACGCCAAGGAGCUCAAGGGUGCCUACGUUUACCUCGUGUCCGACGCUUCCACCUACACUACCGGCGCCGAUAUCCUCAUUGACGGCGGUUACACCGUCCGGUAA